CCCUCCCUCGGCCCCUCCGGCGGCGGUCGCAGCUGCACCGUGCCCGCUCCACCCCGCCGCAGCGGCUCGGACGUCCGGAGCUCGCAGGUCCCGGCCCGAGGUCCGAGGAGGCGUCCUCCGCCCGGUGGCCCAGACGGAAGCGGGGCACGGCGUCAUCAUGCACAGUUGUAUCGCGUCCGCCGCGCGUCCCCGGAGCCGCCCCUGAGCCCGGCCGCGAGUUCGAGCCCAGGGCCCGCCCGGCCGCACCAUGAGCCACGGGCCCAGCCCCCGGCUGGCCGAGUCCCCGCAGCUGUCCAAGGGCAGCCUCCUAACCAUCCUGGGCAGCCCGUCGCCGGAGCGCAUGGGGCCUGCCGACUCCCUGCCGCCCACGCCGCCCAGCGGCACGCCCUCGCCCGGGCCGCCGCCCGCACUGCCCCUGCCCCCCGCUCCCGCGCUGCUGGCCGACGGCGACUGGGAGAGCCGCGAGGAGCUGCGGCUACGGGAGCUGGAGGAGGCGCGGGCGCGGGCGGCGCAGAUGGAGAAGACCAUGCGCUGGUGGUCGGACUGCACUGCCAAUUGGCGCGAGAAAUGGAGCAAGGUGCGCGCUGAGCGCAACCGCGCGCGCGAGGAGGUGCGCCAGCUGCGCCAGCGCCUGGACGCGCUCACCAAGGAGCUGGCGGGCGCACGGCGCGAGCGCCAGGAGGCGCAGGGCGAGUGCGAGGCACGGGGCCGCGAGCUGGCGCGGCUGAGGGGCGCCCGGGGGGUCGCCGAUCAGACGCGCGACGGCCCCGAGCCGGAGGCGGAGCGCGAGCCAGUGCGUGACGUCGGGUCCGAGAGGCCGCCAGGCAGCCAGGAACUGGAGCUGGUGGAGAGCCUGCUGAAGAGCACGCCAGAGGAGUCUGAGGACUGCUGGGAGGCGCGCAGCCUGGGGGCCGGGGGCCCGCGGGGCAGCUCAGGCCGCCAGGAGCGCAGCAGGCUACCCUGGGAGGACACAGCUGCCACGGAGGAGGAGGCCUCCAAGUUGACCGCCCUGCGGCUACGGCUGGAUGAAUCCCAGAAGGUGCUGCUCAAGGAGCGAGAGGAUAAACUGGCAUUGAGCAGGAACAUUGAGAAGCUAGAGGGGGAGCUCAGCCAGUGGAAGAUCAAGUAUGAGGAGCUGAGCAAGACCAAGCAGGAGAUGCUCAAGCAGCUCAGCAUCCUGAAGGAGGCGCACCAGGACGAGCUGGGCCGCAUGUCUGAGGACCUGGAAGAUGAGCUCGGUGCACGCUCCAGCAUGGACCGGAAAAUGGCCGAGCUGAGGGGCGAGAUGGAGCGGCUGCAGGCCGAAAACGCCUCGGAGUGGGGCCGCCGGGAGCGGCUGGAGACAGAGAAACUGGGCCUUGAGCGGGAGAACAAGAAGCUGCGGGCACAGGUCGGGGACCUGGAGGAAGCGCUGGCCCGGCGGCGGCGGCAGACAGCCAGCGCACUGGACUGCGACCUGAGGGCCAGCCAGGCCGCGCUCUUCGAGAAGAACAAGGAGCUGGCAGACCUGAAGCAUGUGCAUGGCAAGCUGAAGAAGCAGUUCCAGGAGAAGGUGGCAGAGCUGGCACAUGCCAACCGGCGGGUGGAGCAGCACGAGGCCGAGGUGAAGAAGCUGCGGCUGCGGGUGGAGGAGCUCAAGAAGGAGCUGGCCCAGGCUGAGGAUGAGCUGGACGAGGCCCACAACCAGGCACGUAAGCUGCAGCGGUCACUGGACGAGCAGACGGAGCAGAGCGAGAACCUGCAAGUGCAACUGGAGCACCUGCAGUCCAGGCUCCGCAGGCAGCAGCAGAACGCUCCCCUCUUCGGGAAGAUCCGCAGUGCUCGCUUUGGCACCGAGGAGGCCGGGGAUGGAGCCAGUGACCUGGAUGAGGAUGAGGACCUGCAAAUCCAGGUGGCCUAGAGCUUCCUGUGGCUGGGCAGGAUGGGCCGCCCCAUACCUGCCCAGGGUCCAAGCUAACCAGCCACUAAAACUGAUGCAGCGCCUAGGCUCACUCUGGGACCAGUCCCUGCCACAGACUCUUCUCUCCCAGGGAUGGCGUCAACAGUCCCACCUACCAACACCCUGUGGAAAGGAAGUCUAUGUUACACACACACACACACACCACACACACACACACACCCAGGAGUCUUUGGACCCGUUUGGUUUUAUAAAUACAGGACAGCUCCAAGGCCCAGUUCAGAUGACCUCACACACCCAGGACUUCAUGCAGGGCUGGGCGUGUUGGGGGCGGUUGUUGGAGCCCCAGCCUGGGCUGCCUCUCUAGGCUUCGCUGUUCAUCAUACAAUGCAGUGAACCCAGUUAUUUGUAAUAAAUGAAGUUCAAGUUCUUGGGGCAUCUGAAAGUGUGGCAGAUGUCGGCGGGGGUUGUGGGGGACGGCAUCGGCCUGCACCUGACACUGAACCAGAGCUCAGGAAUGUCAAGUAACUUAAUAAAUGAGUGAGUGUGAAGAA